UCCUCAUUUCGCCUCUCCUCCGCUCUCUCCACACACACACACGCACACACUCACACACACCCUUCCGAUCUUGCAUUUGCUCUGAGAAAUCGGAGAGGAAUCCUACACCGGCGAGAAAGAAGCUCCGAGCAGAGAGAGAUGGAGGCCGUGCAUGAGGGCAAUGGAGGAGGGAGCGGCCUGGUGGUGACGGAGCUGAGCCACAUCAAGGAGCUGGUGAAGCAGCUGGACGUGCACCUGGGGGGCUCGCCCGACCUCUGCAAGCUGCUCGCCCAGCAGAUCUUCGCCGUCACCGAGCGGUCCAUCGGCAUGAUCAGGUCCGGCCACUUCAACGGCCCCAAGCGCUCGGCCGCCGGCGCCGGCCUCGACUCGCCGCCGCUCUCCGCCACGCCCAGCCCCCUCAGCGGCGUCUCCAACACGCCCAGCCCCCUCAGCGGCGUCUCCAACACGCCCUUCAAGCUCAACAAGAAGAGGAAGACGUCGGAGAAAGGGGGGCGUCAGAUCAGGGUGAGCUCGGCCGGAGAAGGGGCGGACGCCCCGGUCGACGACGGCCGCAGCUGGAGGAAGUACGGCCAGAAGGAGAUCCUCGGAGCCCAGCACCCGAGGGCAUACUACCGUUGCACGUACCAGAAGACCCAGGGAUGCGCGGCGACGAAGCAGGUGCAGCGCGCCGACGACGACCCGGCGCUCUUCGACGUGAUCUACCACGGCGAGCACACCUGCGUUCACAAGACGGCGGCGGCGGCGGCGGGCAUGGUGCAGCCGGCCGGCAAGAACCCGGACGCGGAAAGCCUUCUGCAGAGCCUGAGCUCGAACCUGACGGUGAAGACGGAGGGGCUCACGGCGGCGGGAGCGCAGGGCUGGAGCGCCACCACGCCCUUCAGCUUCUCCUCGCCGGCCGUGAGCGGCAUGACGCCGCCGGAGCAGCAGCACCACCCGUUCUCCACGCCGUCGACGCCGGAGAACUGCUUCGUGUCGAUGCCCACGUCGCUCGAACCCUCGCCGGCGACCUCGGGCUCGAACCACAUGUGCAUGACCCCGUUCCAUGCGCAGUCCGAGCUCCAAACAAUGGUGUCUGCGCUCGUGGAGGCGACGAGCAUGCCGCCGGCCGACACGGAGGAGGCCGCCUUCUCCUACUGGGGCUUCGACGACUCUGCCUUGGACGUUAACAUCCUCGACGAGGACGUUGACAACUUCGAUAUUUCUGCCUUCUUCGCAUGAGAUGUUUGCAAAGAGAGAACGCAAACAAAGAAACAGAGAAGAUGAGCAGUGGUAGAGAUUAGAGAAGCAGCUGGAGGUGACUGACCACCCUCUGAGAGACAGAGGAGGGAAGAACACGCCAGUUCUUCCUCAGUUCAAGUUUAAAAUUUAGGACAUAAGAUUAGUGCUCCCCCUCCUUCACCCCCAUUCUUUUUUCCCCAUUUCCUUUUUGCCACCAGGGCGUUGCAUUGUAUUAUAUUGUUAUGUCAAGGAAAAUAAAAAUCUGUCGUUGGUGUUCUGCA